AUGGCGUCAAAAGACAAUGUCGAGGCUGUGACCGGCCAAGGCACCAGCACCCCGGCAUCAUGCGAAGACGAACCCCUGGUGACUACAGACACGCUGCACAGGAUACCCACUGUCACGAGCACGGCGACGGUGGAGAUGGUCCACGACAAGCCCGUGUUCAGGCCGACCAAGGACUUCAUGCUCGCCUUCAGCGCCCUCUGCGUGCUGGGACUCGCCUGCGCCUUCGACGCGACCACGCUGUCAGUAGCCAUUCCGACCAUGAGCGCCGCGCUGGGCGGCACCGCCCUCGAGGCCUUCUGGUCCGGCACGAGCUUCCUGCUGGCCUCGACCGUGCUGCAGCCCACUGUCGCGUCACUGAGCAACAUAUUUGGACGCAAGCUUCUCAUCUACUGGUCGUCCGCACUGUUCGCCGCCGGUUCCCUCAUCGCCGCCCUUGCGGGCAACUUCAGCGUCGUCCUGGCCGGCCGCACCGUCCAGGGCGUUGGCGGCGGCGGCAUACUCGCGCUUACCGAGGUCGUCAUCACCGACCUCGUCCCACUUGCCUUCCGGGGCCACUGGCUCAGUAUGUUGAGCGGUGUUUGGUCCAUCGGCACCGUCACUGGCCCUCUCAUCGGUGCCGGCUUCGCACAGGAUGUCACGUGGAGGUGGAUAUUUUGGAUUAAUUUGCCCGUGAUAGCCAUCGGUAUUGUAUUUGUGGUCCUGUUCCUGCAUCAGACCAAGGUCCCCGGCGAUAUCAUGGGCAAACUCAAGCGGUUCGACUGGCUGGGCUCCGCGCUGUUCACGGUCAGCUCGACGGGCUUCCUCUUCGGCCUCACCACCGGCGGGGUAAUGUAUGAAUGGAGCUCGUGGAGGGUGUUGUUGCCCCUGAUCAUCGGGCCUUUUGGGCUGGUCGCCUUCGCCUACUGGGAGUUGCGCUUUGCGCCGGAGCCCAUUAUCCACAAGGGGGUCUUCAACAACUGGGAUAUGGUUGCGUCGUAUGUCCUGACUGUGUUUCAUGGCAUGAUCCUGUGGAGCAUACUCUAUUUCCUGAUCCUCUAUUACCAGGGCGUCAAGUUCUACAGCCCAGUCAUCUCUGCAGUCGCAUGCCUCCCCGAGACUCUGACCGUGGCGCCCUCGGGCCUCGUCGUUGGCAUCAUCGCCGCCAAGACAGGCCACUACCGCUGGUCUAUCUGGGUUGGCUGGGCCCUCGCCACUCUCGGGGCCGGGCUCCUUUUGCUCCUGGAGCCGGGGACCUCGACGGUCGCCUGGAUCUUCCUAAACGUCCCGAUUGGAAUCGGCACAGGCAUGCUCUUCCCAGCCAUGGCCUUGAGCAUUCAAGCCGCCUCGGAGCCCGCGCACAAUGGCGAGGCAGCCGCCUUCUUCAGCUUCAUGCGGACCUUCGGGCAGGCGGUGGGUGUCGCCGUCUCCGGAGUCAUCUUCCAGAACGUCUUCCGGCGGAAGCUGCUGGCGCUACCGCACUUUGCGUUCGUGGCCGACAAGUUCUCCAAGGAGGCCACGAUCGUCGUCGAGAUCAUCAAGGCAAUGGAGCCAUCACCCCAGAGAAGCGAGCUGGUGGACGCUUAUAAUUCUUCCUUGAAGGCUAUCUAUGUCAUCCCUCCCCAACCCCCAAAAACAUGGCGAGAGCGGAUCUUCCACGCCCUCCCGUGCUACACCGGCCCAUACAGUGUCGGCUGCCUCGAGGCCGAGCUCCCCGUCGACGAGCCGCGGUCAUUCUCGCGCAUCAAGCGGGAGAACCGCCCGGCCCUGCAGCUCGACACCGUUCUCUUCUCGGUCUACUACCCGACUGACCCCGGCCAGGCUGAAGGGCUCAGGAGGGUGCCCUGGCUGCCCGGGCCGCGCGUGCCGACGUGCAAGGGCUAUGCAAAGUUCUUCAGCAUCCCGAACUUCCCGGUAACAGCGUACAUGGCCUGCACCUGCAUGCUCACGAAGCCGCCUGCCCGUCGGAACUCUAAGCUGCCUGACGCCCGGCCGCCUGGCACGGGUCCGGCUACGCGCGAGACGCCGCUUGACGAUCUGAGGCCGAAAUUCCCAGUGGUCGUGUUCAGUCAUGGGCUGGGAGGGUCGCGGACCAUGUACUCGACUGUGUGCGGGGACCUUGCCUCGUACGGGUUCGUAGUUGUGGCGAUGGAGCAUCGGGACGGAUCUGGUGCGAGGUCGCACGUUAACGUACCGGAAGGGAGGAACUCACCGGAACUGAGCCAGGACGAGAGAGGGAGUGCCUCAGGGUCGGAGCUCAAGCAUGCCACCGACGGCAAAGAUGACGGCAAGCCGGAGGGAAGCAGGAGCUAUAUGGUGGACUAUAUCUUCCCGAAAGACAACGCGCAGGACACGGCGCCGCACAACCCGGUAGGCGUGGACCACGAGUUACGAGACGCCCAGAUCCAGAUGCGCCUGGCAGAAAUCGAAGAAGCCUACAAGGUCUUGCAGAUCAUUAACGACGGCGACCCCGAGGACUGGGUCAGGAAGUGCAACCUUAGAAAGAAGCCUAACCAGGGGUCGAGCUCUCGGGGACUAGAUGGCAUCGACUGGUUGGACUGGAAAGGGCGGCUGUCCCUAGAGAAUGUCACAGCCAUGGGCCACAGUUUCGGCGGCGCGACCACGGCGCAAAUUCUCAGGCUUAAUGACGAUUUCCCCUGGAUCGGCCAUGGGAUACUGCUCGAUGCAUGGGGUACAGCAAACCCGGAGGUGCAGCCCGACCGCGCGGGGCAGAGGAUCACCAAGCCGCUGCUCUCGAUAGGAUCCGAGGCCUUUAUGCACUGGAGCGAGAACUAG